AACAGGGCUCCGUAUGCAUGGGACAGGAUGCUUUCAUGGAGCCCCUCAGCAGCACGGUUGGGAUCUUUCAGUGCAAAAUAUACCUCCUUCUCCUAGGUACUUGCUCAGGGCUGAAGGUGACAGUGCCAUCGCACACUGUCCAUGGCAUCAGGGGACAGGCCCUCUACCUCCCUGUGCACUAUGGCUUCCACACUCCGGCAUCUGACAUCCAGAUCAUAUGGCUGUUUGAAAGACCCCACACGAUGCCUAAAUACUUGCUGGGUUCUGUGAAUGAAUCUGUGGUUCCUGACUUGGAAUUCCAGCACAAGUUCACCAUGAUGCCACCCAAUGCAUCUCUGCUCAUCAACCCACUACAGUUCACAGAUGAGGGAAAUUACAUCAUUAAGGUCAACAUCCAGGGAAAUGGAACUCUAUCCUCAAGUCAGAAGAUACAAGUCACUGUUGAUGAUCCUGUCACGAAGCCGGUGGUGCAGACUCAUCCUGUUUCCGGGGCUGUGGAGUAUGUGGGCAACAUGACCUUGACCUGCCAUGUGGAAGGGGGCACCAGGCUGGUUUACCAGUGGCGGAAAAAUGGGAAACCUGUUCACAUCAGCUCUACGUACUCCUUUUCGCCCCAAAACAACACGCUUCAGAUUGUUCCAGUGACAAAGGAAGACAUUGGGAGCUACAGCUGCCUGGUGAAGAACCCUGUCAGUGAGGUGGAGAGUGACGGCAUUGUGCCCACCAUAUAUUAUGGACCUUAUGGACUUCAAGUUAAUUCUGAUAAAGGGCUAAAAGUAGGGGAAGUGUUCACUGUUGACCUUGGAGAAGCCAUCCUGUUUGAUUGUUCUGCUGAUUCUUAUCCCCCCAACACCUACUCCUGGAUCCAGAGAUCUGACAAUACAACUUAUGUCAUUAAGCAUGGACCUCGCUUAGAAGUCGCAUCUGAGAAAGUGACCCAAAAGACAACUGACUACAUGUGUUGUGCUUACAACAACAUAACUGGAAGGCGAGAUGAAACUCGUUUCACUGUCAUCAUCACUUCCGUAGGACUGGAGAAGCUUGCACAAAAAGGGAAAUCACUGUCUCCACUAGCAAGUAUAACGGGAAUAUCAAUAUUUUUGAUUAUAUCCAUGUGUCUGCUCUUUCUGUGGAAAAAAUAUCAACCCUACAAAGCUAUAAAACAGAAGCUAGAAGGCAGGCCAGAAACAGAAUACAGGAAAGCUCAAACAUUUUCAGGCCAUGAAGAUGCCCUGGAUGACUUUGGAAUAUAUGAAUUUGUGGCUUUUCCAGAUGCUUCUGGUGUUCCCAGGAUGCCUAGCAGGCCUACUCCAGCCUCUGAUGGUAUAACAGGGCAAGAUUUACACAGUACAAUUUAUGAAGUCAUUCAGCACAUCCCUGCUCAACAGCAAGACAAUCCAAAGUAA